AUGAAGCGGUUCAUGGCCAUGUUAAACAGGAAUAAGAAUAAGGAUCCCCCACCGGCCAGGCUGCUGGAUCUAGCAGGGCAGCUUUGCCGGGACCUCCAGAGCUCAUCUAGUCUGGAGAAGCUGGUUGCAGCCAUCAUGGGAUGCAAACACAAGAUGUAUUUUCUCACCAACAUCCACGUUGUCCGAGCUUGUGUGUUCGUUCAUAUCCGUAACGGGCAGCAUGACACAGCCUGCAGACUCCUGGAGUACUGCAAGGCAGAAGAGAAGGAAGAGCUGGUGCAGCUUUGGCAUGAGAUUCACUACCGAAGGGUUAUGGAGAAGCACCACACGGAUUUUCUGACACCACUGCAGAAAUUCCGUUGCAGGAAGAGGAAUCCUCCACCUAUUUCCCUUUGUCCUGAAGGGUUAAAGAAUCGAAACUAUUCAGGUGAAGUACGCCAGCAACUGCACAGGUUUGCUGCAGAGGUGACAACAAAUCCAAACAAGGAGCAGCGGGAGGAAUUGGCUCGGGAUGUGAACCUGCAGCCAACUCAGGUCUAUAACUGGUUUGCAAAUUAUCGACGACGUCAAAAAUCCUGCCUCCCUCGUACCGAGAAGCUCAACAACUCGUGUCCUGAGAGGGCUUUGACUUACCCCACAAAGGAGCAGCAGGAUAAAGGAUCCUACCCUCCACAAUCUGCAGAUGGAUCUUGUGUAGACGUCGGCUCUGAGCAAAUGGAGAUAACCCUCAUGCCCUGUGACCCAGGGUGGGAGCAGUCAGCUGCAGAUCUGGAUAAGCCUCCUGAAGGAACUUAUUUAAAGAUGCUGGAAUCCAGCUUUAUGCAGAGCAGUGAGCUGUAUGAAGUGAGGGCCGGCAAGGCUGCUUUGACCACUCGCAGCGCUGAACAACCUGUAGCUUUUUGCACCGAGGCUAUGCUGGAGCCAGGAACCUGCUUUAACUCUGCUGUCCUGCAGCCUGGUGAAGCAGCAAGCGGUGCUGAUGCCAGCCUCCAGCUGAGUAACUUUCUCCUGUGCCCUUGCGGGUCCCUGACCUUCCCGGAUCAACAGCUGGCCAUGUGGCAGGCCCCUUCCAGCACCAGAGGGGUCUCUGGAUCCAUGUGGACCCCAAGUGCAGAAGGAGAGAAGGAUGAACGGAGGCAGCGGGAGCCGCUGAACCCUUUUGAUGCAUUUUCCGUCCCCGGGCGGGGGACGCCGGGCCACGCCGAAGCCUUUUUUUUCCACCGGGGCGGCCUGCGGCAGUCGGACUCCGGGCAGCGGCAGGCGAGCGCAUCCUACUCAGACGAGCGCCCUGCAAAGCGGCGUGAGUCGCGCAGGCUCCGUUUCCUGCACGCUGUAAUCUGUGGAGCUGCUAUUAUGGCCGAAGAUCCAGAGCACUAG